CGGAGGUGUACGUAUCGCAGAAGUACGAAGUGACAUUCCACAAAGUAAAACAAACGAAUUUUGUCAAGAUGGGUGCUGACUUUGAAGAAGUGUAUGAGAACCUGAAGCAAGCACGGGAGCAGGCAUUAUUUGGGAAGUAUGACACAUCUGUUGUCUACUACCAAGGCUUCUUACAGCAGAUGCAGAAGCUCAUGAACGUUAUCAGGGACCCAGAGAAGAAGAAUGAAUAUCAGAAGCUACGCUCAAAGGUGAGUUCCGAGUAUGAGCAAGUUAAGGAUAUCCAGAAAACCCUUUCAUGUUUGACAUCAGAGAGCCGAUUUUCCCGUCAGCAGCCAGACUAUGGGUCUCAGUUUGACGAUUAUUCCCGGCAAGAAGAGCCGACACGAGACCCAGAUGUGUGGCCACCUCCCACACCCGUGGAAAACAGACCCUCGCCAAAUAUCCGUGGUAAUGUUCCGAGGGCGGCCCCUAAGAAGAGUGAGUCAAGCAGCCGUUAUCGCUCAAAGCCAUCCAACAACUCCCCGGCCAACUAUGGCCAGCAGCGUGGGUCUCGACCUGGGGACAGGGGCAGCAGGGGACAACAGGCAAAGAAAAAGCCAGAGGAAGGAGAUGAGAAGAAGUUUGACCCUCAAGGCCAUGACAAGGACCUUGUGGAGAACCUGGAGAGAGACAUUGUACAGAAGAAUCCCAAUGUUCACUGGAGUGACAUAGCGGACCUGGUAGAGGCCAAAAAACUACUACAGGAGGCCGUCGUGCUGCCACUCAUCAUUCCAGACUUCUUCAAGGGAAUACGAAGGCCAUGGAAGGGCGUGUUGAUGGUUGGCCCUCCUGGAACGGGGAAGACCUUGCUGGCCAAGGGUGUGGCCACAGAGUGUGGUACCACAUUCUUCAACAUCUCCUCCGCUGCCCUCACCUCCAAGUGGCACGGCGAGUCUGAAAAACUUGUGAGGUUGCUGUUUGAGAUGGCGCGGUUUUACGCCCCUAGCACCAUCUUUAUUGAUGAGAUAGACUCAAUCUGCUCCAAGCGGGGAUCCAGCUCGGAGCAUGAGGCCAGUCGCAGGGUCAAGUCUGAGCUUCUGAUACAGAUGGAUGGUGUUGCUGGUGCGUGUGAGGUCGAGGACUCUACGAAGAUCGUGAUGGUUCUCGCCGCAACCAACUUCCCCUGGGAUCUAGAUGAGGCUCUCCGUCGUCGUCUAGAGAAGCGAAUCUACAUUCCUCUACCAACAGAGAAGGGGCGUGAGGAGCUGCUGAAGAUCAACCUGAAGGAGGUUCCCCUGGCCCCAGAUGUUGACCUGGCCGCGGUUGCUGCAACCCUAGAUGGCUACUCUGGGGCUGAUAUCACCAAUGUGUGCAGAGACGCUGCUAUGAUGUCAUUCCGGCGCCGUAUCCGCGGCCUCUCCCCUGAGGAGAUUCGGAAUAUCCCGAAGGAGGAGUGGAGUCUGCCGACGUCCAUGGAGGACUUCCUGGAGGCGAAGGAGAAGGUGAACAAGAGUGUAUCUGCAGACGACCUCAAGAAAUACAAGGAGUGGAUGAGCGAGUUUGGCUCAGUCUAGACUGUUUUCUUACUGGGAAACCAUGUACAGAUAUCUAGAAGGCUGAAUGAACUGCUGUUGAAAGUGAUUCUUGGAACUAUACUUUAUUAUUGAAAUGCAUUUGUUUAAAGUGUAUGAUAUGUAUAAGCAGCUAUUGUAAAUACCACAAUUUAUAUUUAUAGUGUAUAAAUAAGAGUUUAAUACACGAAUACACUUUUUCAUUGUGAUCAAAACAUGUUUUUGAAGACACCUAUGAAGACAUGUAUAAACAUUAAAUUACAAGUGCUGUUAAACUCUUGUGAUACUAAUGUGUUAAGACUUUCUUUCUACUUCUUUUUCGUUAUAGGUUUUUUGCCUUUUAAUUUAUUUAAAAAUCAUAUUGUUUGUCUACUGAUAUUGACUAGCUGAAAAUAAAUGUUUUUCGGCCAGUGAAUAUCGUGUCAUAACCUAUGCCCAUAAAUAUCCUUUUCCAUAUCCAACAUGCUAUAUGGAAAAAUCUAUAUGACACUGUCCUGUUUUGAUCCCGUUCCAUCCUAGUGCUGUUGGUUGAGUGCUUCCUUUUACAAAGUGAUUUUUAAUCUUUUUUUUAAACUUAUUGAUCAGUAACAUAUCUUUUCAAAGAACACACUCUAUUUCCUGAAAAAAAUUCAUUGAAAUAAUUUAGUUGCCGAAUUGUGUGUAUAUUCAAAGGAAUGCAGUGACUUAAUCAAAGUUGGCAAACAAUAAAAAUGAUAUUUCGAUAGGGCGCUUUUCUAAAGACCCGUAGACCUGGUCCCAAUUUCUUGAAACUUCUUAACAGGUUUAAGUUUUAAGUUGCUUAUUUCAAGUAGCCAAAAUACAUACUUGAAUUUUACAUGAAUUUUAAUAAAUGAAAAAUGGUUUAUUGUGAUAAUUGUAAUGAUAAUUCCUAUCUUAAGUAUUAAAACAUUUAAAGGAGUAUAUUAAAUGCAAAAUAUUGAAAGACAAAAAUAGUGGGUUUAACUUAAUCCUGUUAUAAGAGACUUAAGAAGUUUUGAGAAAUUGGGGCCUGUUUAUCACUUCUUGUUUUGUAUAUUUGUUUCAUGCAGCUGUAUUGACCUGUAUGGGAUACUUGUUUACACACUGCACUCAACAUGAUACACACUGUCAGAAUAGCUCUAUCAUGCUAUACCUUAUAUGUUCUUUGGCUCCCUAGUGAACUUUUGUAUUCCAUAACAUGGUAAAAAAAAUCUAAAAAAUUCAUAAACACACAGGAAAAAAACCAGUUAAAAUUUAAGACAGAACCAAAAAGUGUGCCAAUAAUACUCUGAUAAAAUGCCGUCAUUUCGAGACAUUGCAACUGAUGAAACGGGUAUCAAUUGGGGGUUAUUUAUAGACCAUGAAUAUGAGUAGGGGAAAACUCAAACUCAUGAAACAUGACAUAUUUUGGUGUCAUGUUUUUCGAAACUGUUAUUUAUGGGUUAUAAAAUAAAACGUGAUAUUUAUGACUAUAUUAGAUUUUUUUGCAUCAUAUUAAUAUAACGUCUUCAAAAUAAGAUAUUAUCAAUUUAUAUUUAGUCAUACAUCAAUUCAUCACAAACACCUGUAUGUGCCCAUGUAUGUUGUAAACAAGUAUUGAUAACAUGACCAGGUUUUUUUGGUCCAGUGGAACUUCUAUUAAGCCCCGUUUAAACUGUAUAUUUUUCAUAAAUGUAAUGAUUUUCUCUCAACAUAAAUGUUUGAAUAAAUUGGGUGAAGCCAUA